AUGGCACGAUCCGCCUUGCUCAAUCACGACCUUCCACGGAAUCUAUGGGCAGAAGCAAUCAAUACAAUAGUAUACAUCAAGAAUCGUCUCCCACAUAAAGCACUCCCGAAUAUGACACCAUACGAAGCACUCACCAGCAAGAAACCCUUCAUUGGACAUCUCCGGUCCUUCGGAGAAUCAAUAUUCAUUCAUAUACCUGUCGAAGUACGAUCAACUGGAAUAGAGUUGGAUGCUAGGGCAAUUAUGGGACAAUUCUGCGGCUAUGAAAACUCUGAUAAAAUCUGA